AUGGCAACUUCAAUUGGUGCUGACUGCAGCUCCACUCUGCUGUACCACAAGAUCGCCAUCGGCACGCUGGUCUUGACGGCGCUGCAUGGAUUGGCGUACAUGCUGGCUCAUGAUAAUAGUGAGGAGGAUGCUACGGUCGUGCUCUUCCUGUUCUCGCUCGGCCCGAUCCGCCGCAAGUUCUUUGAGUUCUUCGUGCGCGUGCACUGGGUCCUCUUCAUCGUGGCGAUCUCAUCCACGGGGCUGAUCUGGAACUGGUUGGGAAUCUACGCCAGGGGCUCCCUUCUCAACGGGAAGAAGACUGCUGAUAACAGCACGACGAAUAGCCCGGCUAACUUCGUCACGGGGAAGCGUCUGGGUGUCAUUGCGCGCGGCCAGCUCUCGGUGUCACUUUGCGUUGUUCUCGGGCGGCAUUGGCGUCACGCCCAUGCGUUCGAUCGUCAACUGGCUGCACACGAUGUCAACACCCAAGGACGUCCGGGUAUCGAGCGCGUGCACUUCGUAUGGUCCGUGCGCGACCGCGACACUAUCGAGGCAAUGAUUGGCAACAAGGUACUCAAGCCCGGAUCCAGCUCCUACUUCCCUUCCCGCACGACCUCAUCGCGGCCCAUGCGCGACUUGGAGGGGUCCUGGGCGGACCAACAGCUCGAGAGCUGCCUGCGCUAUAACUGCCGCCCGGACGUUGCGGCUACGCUGCGCAGCCUCGGCGAGCAGGACAAGCAAAGCGGCAAGCAGCGCGUUGCUGUGCUGGUCUGCGGGCCGUACGCGAUGGUGCGAGAUGUGAUUGCCACCAGCAUGGCGCUUGGCAGGGAGAUGAAUGUGCACUUCGACGUGCACAGCGAGCUGUUCGAGUUCAAAGGAAGCUUCGAGAGGGCGUUAAGUAGGGCUGACAACGUUUUGGUCUAA